ACAUCACUCACUCACCCCAAAACCAAAUAACCCAACACCUAAUCUCCAAGGGUUAAUUACCGUCUUCCAUCAAUACUCGGAAAAGAGACAGGACACCGAAAAGAGAAAAGAAAGGCACCAUGCCCCGAAAAUCCACCAGCAGCAGCACCCCCGGCGACGACGGCGCAGCAGAACAACCCCAAAUAUCCCAAAUACACCACUCUCAAUCCCCCUCAGAUAUCGUCCACCUUCCCGAAUCAACAGGACAGAUGGUCGAAGCGACAGAACAACAACUUAAGGCCCGGGCGGAGGGGGGUGUGAGUAUUGAGGACUACCUCCUCCCCCGCUCUCUCACCCUCCGACUAGCAAAAUCCGUUCUUCCUCCGAAUACAUCCAUACAGAAGGAUGCGGUAUUGGCGAUUCAGAAGGCCGCGACGGUGUUUGUGUCGUAUUUGUCGUCGCAUGCCAACGAAGCAACCCUCAAACGAACCGUCGCCCCGUCGGACGUCUUCAGCGCCAUUUCGGAACUAGAGUUCGAUGGAUUCCGCACACGAUUGGAGCAGGAGUUGGAGGCGUUUACGGAGUUGAAGGCGGGGAAGAGGAGGGCGAAGAAGGG